CAGCGUCCCUAUUGUCGAUGUAUCCUUGUCAACACGUGACUACUAAACGUGUACGUAAAAGAGGUUAUGUAGCUUCGUGUUGUUUUUAACGUGUAUUUUAUAAGCGUGUGUUUAUUCAAUUGCCCGCUUUUUUUUUUAUAAGAUUGUUCAAUGACUAUACAGGAGAUGGAUAUUCGUUUAAAUAUUUCGACAGAACCUACAGCUGGCGUAUCUUCCAACACAAAAAGAAGGUCUAAGUUGAAAAGUUCUAUCAAAAGAUUGAAGAAAGGACUGGUAGGAAAAAAAGAAAGUAAGAAGAGUAAUAAGUUGCAAAGUGUUCCGUCUGAUCAAAGCGGAGGAAUCAAAAGAGUUAAACAAAAAGCAUUGGCAGCUAUAGUUGCCAAAAGAUUACAGCAAAGUAAUAUACACAAUAGUUCGCAGAAUACACAGAAAUUAUCUGAUUUACGAAUUCAAUCCAAGAAUAAAAAUAAUGUAUCUACAACUGUAACAGAUAAAUUAGAAAAAGUACCUUCUACGUCAAAUAUACAAAGUACAGGUACCGAUAAGGUUGUAACAGAACUUGUUGAGACAGAAAAGAAUGUUAUUAAAGAACCUAUUAUAUCAUUUGUUAAGCCUUCUAAAAAGUCAUUGGGUAAAGCAAUAGUCGUAAAAAAAAGAAAUAUAAAUGAGACUAGCGGGAAGAAGUCUUUGUCAGAAAUAUUUUCAAAUCAAGUGGCGACAAAAAAUGUAGAAUCAACUUUGUCAGAUGUAACUUUAAAUGUUAAAACGGAUGAUAAAGAUAUAAUUCAGGCACCGCAGGAGAAAUCUACAAUAGAGCAAUCUAGUAAAAGAUUAAUUCCGAUAAAGCAAUUGAAAAAAUUAGAUAUAAAUACUAAUAAUAGAAAAAAGAAGCAUUUUAAGAGUAUUGCAGAAUACAAAGCAGAGAAAAAUGAAUCUUCUGAUAACACUUAUAAAACUUAUAAGAAACAAACUGGAAAAACGUCGUCUUUAUUUAGAAAUAAUCCAGAAGUUCCAAAUAUUGGGCAAAGAUUUGUAAAACCAAUUACUGAAACAGUUUUCACAAAAACAAAUUUUUCGGAUCUUGACAUACAUUCUUUUAUGGUAUCAAAUCUAGAACAAAAUAUGAACAUAACUAAAAUGACUACUGUGCAACAAAUGACAAUUCCUCAAAUAUUUUCUGGGAAAGAUGUUUUAAUUAGGUCUCAAACUGGAUCAGGCAAAACAUUAGCAUACGCUAUACCAAUCGUUGAAUGCUUACAUAAGAUAAGGCCUAAAUUAACAAGGAGUAGUGGAUUGGGUGCAUUAGUCGUUGUACCUACGAGAGAAUUAGCUUUACAAACUUAUGAGUGUUUUUUGAAAUUAAGAAAACCAUUUACAUGGAUUGUGCCAGGUUAUUUAGUAGGUGGAGAAAAAAGAAAGGCAGAAAAAGCAAGGCUAAGGAAAGGUUGUAACAUUUUGGUCGGUACUCCAGGUAGACUACUGGAUCAUAUUAGACAUACCGAAGCUUUAAAAUUAGACGAUGUAAAACAUUUUGUUUUGGAUGAAGCUGAUAGAAUGUUAGAUGCUGGAUAUGAAAAAGAUAUUUCAGGCAUAGUUGAUGCUCUUAAAGGAAUAAAUAUUAAAUCAGAUAACUCAGGUUAUGAUCCUAUGGAAAUGUUAAGACAAAACAAUAGAAAAGUUUUCACAGAUGAAGAAACUCAUAAGAUAGAACAAAAUUUCAAUGAUAAUGAAAUAUCAAAAUUUGAAAUAGAUAAAAAUGACAUUAAUAACGAAGAAAAUGUAACUAGGCAAGAAUAUCAUUCAAACAGUGAAAGCGAUUCAGAACAAGAUGAUUUUCCUGUAAAGUUAAAGAAAAAGAAAGAAAAGUUUCUUACGAAACCUACAAAAAAGAAAGAGGAAGAUUCGAAAGCAUCUCAAGAAGAUCUCAUGCAAUCUCCACCAAAAAGACAAACGAUACUUCUAUCCGCAACAUUAACUCAAGCUGUGGAAAAAUUAGCCGGACUAGCUAUGCAUAAUCCAGUCUUUGUCGAUGCUGCGAAAGAAAAUCUAGUAACAAUUGGUGGAGAUGAGGAUCAGAUUAACGAAGACUUUGUAGUUCCUGAAAGUGUGCGUCAGAGUUAUGUAAUAACUCCACCAAAAUUACGUAUGGUUACUUUGAGCGCUUAUAUCGUUGAUAGAUGCAAGCGAUCCGGUCACAAUAAAAUGUUAGUUUUUAUGGCAACACAAGACAUGGUUGAUUAUUAUACAGAAAUCUUAUCUGCUGUCUUAACUAAACAGAGCGACGAAGAAGACGAAGAUUCCGAUCCUCUCGUCAACGUGGAAUUUUUAAAAUUACACGGUAAUAUGUGCCAAAAGGAAAGGACGGAAGUUUUUAAAAACUUCAGGCUAGCAAAUAGCAGCGUUUUGCUAUGUACAGACGUCGCAGCGCGUGGAUUGGAUUUGCCGAAGGUGGAUUGCGUUGUUCAAUACACGGGACCACUUUCAGCUAGGGAUUACGUGCAUCGAAUUGGUCGAACGGCACGUGCUGGUUCUUCCGGAUCAGCCAUCAUUUUCCUUACACCGCCGGAAGUCGAAUUCGUGCGAAUGCUCGAGUCCAAGCGAAUUCGGAUCAAUCAGAUAGACAUGGAGAUGAUAUUAGGCAAGUUAAUAGGACCUUCGUCGAAACACCGUUCUGUCCAAGAGGCUGCGAUUGCUCUUCAGAGAGAAUACGAAUCUUUGAUAUUUGAAGACAGAAAACUUCACGAUAAAGCAUGCAAAGCGUACGUUUCCUGGAUUCGUUUCUACUCGACUUAUCCACACGAAUUGCGAGAGUUCUUCAAUCGAAAGGAGCUUCACUUGGGUCAUUACGCGAAGAGUUUUGGCUUGAGCGAUCGGCCUCAGCGAAUCGGUGGAAUCGGAAAGAAGUUACGCGAGCAGGAGGAUAUUAAAGUCAAGCACAACAACAGGCUUACGAUCGAUCGGCCUGAUCGGAAGACACAAGGGAAACAAGAUGGCGUUCAUCAUAAGACAGGAGCCCUGAAGAAAGUAAGGAUGUUGAACGUGUCCGAAUACGACAGCGGUCUUCCAGCUUUCAAAAAACCGAAGAAAUUUUGAAUCCCGUAUAAUUUUUUUUGUUCUUUUUUUUUGUUAUUUAUUUCCAACAAAUGUUAAAUACGAUUUAAAUAUUUGAACCGUGAACAUCAUUUUGUAUGAUAUAUCGUGUUAACGUAAUGUAAGUCAUAAGACUCUUCCGACGUUUUUCGCAUUAAGAGGAAAUUCAUUUGGACGAUGUAUCAAAAGCUGUGAGAAGCAGCCUGUAACAUUGUAAAUGAAUCGCUCCCCGAGGCAUUAAUUACAAAAAUAGAAUCUA